AUGGACUUUGUACAAAGGUAUGAUGUUAAAAUCCCAAAUGCAGUUAUUGUUAAUGGUCUGACACAGAUAGCUGAUCAAGAUGAACAGGUAAUUGACUAUCUAAAGAAGUAUGGCAAAAUUGAGAGAUCCCUUGUUGUUGAUGAUCUAUCAGACGAACUCUACCAAAACCUGAUCGUUGAGUACUGGAGUGGUUCAGCCUUGGAAGGCUUAGAACCUCACUUGCCACUUACGUACACAGUACAUAGCAAUCCCCCCAUUGCCUAUGAAGUAAAGACACUAAGCAGUGUGUACACUACUAAGAUUGGCAGCAAUGUUACCAAGACAUAUCUGGCUGAGCUCAAGGAGCUGGCUAAGCAGAGUGGUAAAGAUUAUGUCCAGAAGGUCGUGGUUGAGCACAUCGUACGGAGACAGGAUGCUGUCCCACAAGUGCAAUCCCCAGUGAGACUCCGCUCCUUCUCUGGAAAGGCCCCCAGACCUAAUAAUGAAACCGACUAUGAUACUUGGCGCUCACAUAUUGAGCUGCUCCAAACUGAUUCCAGCAUGUCCCCCCUGCAAAUAUCCAGAAAGAUCUUUGAGAGCUUGCUCCCGCCCGCAGCUGAUAUUGUCAAAGGGCUACGGCCUGAGUCACCCCCUUCAGCCUAUCUACAGCUACUAGACUCAGCUUUUGGCACUGUGGAAGAUGGGGAGGAACUUUUCGCUCGAUUCCUGAACACCCUCCAAGACCUGGGUGAGAGGCCCUCCGCUUACCUCCAUCGGCUGCAGCUAGUUUUAAACCUUGUGAUAAAAAGGGGCGGUGUUGCACACGAGGAGGUAGACAGACACCUUCUUAAGCAGUUCUGCAGGGGGUGUUGGGAUAAUGCCUUGCUCAACACCCUGCAACUCGAACAAAAGAAAAGUAGUCCACCCUCAUUUUCAGAUCUCUUGCUAAUGAUACGCUCUGAAGAAGACAAACAGCAAGCGAAAGCCAGUCGUAUGAAAAAACAUAUGGGUGCUACAAAGCAGAAAGCCCAGUUGCAGUUCCAUGGUGCAUGUGCCUGUGUGCCAGAGGAGAGUCAUGAGAUCGGCCUCAGUGCUAUUGAGGACUUGAGGAAACAGGUGGUUAGUCUACAGAGUCAACUAACCUCAUUCAUGCAAUCGAAAAGGACAAAGGGGGGUGGCAACAAGGGAGCAGCUGGGAAGUUUCAGAGUAGAGUAUCAGGACCAGAUGAUGAUAAGACAGACAUGCGAGAACCGAUCAAAAAGAACCCGGCAAACAAACCCAAACCCGGGUACUGCUUCAACUGCGGGGAAGAUGGACACAUUGCUCCAUCUUGCACCAGCACAGCAAGCCCAGCUUUAGUAGCUGAAAAGAGGAAGCAGUUUGAGGAAAAGCAGCGCAGCCUGGAACAUGUGUAUCGAAACCCACCUUUCCGGCUUCCCAAGCGGUUGGUUGGCACCAAGAGUACGGCUCAAGUGACCAUAAAAGACGAAGCAGUCAACUGCCUGCUUGACACAGGUUCACAAGUAACAACCAUUCCUCAGUCGUUCUACAGACAACAUCUUUCAGAGCAAGAGAUCAAGCCAUUAUUCAACCUCCUAGAGGUAGAGGGAGCAGCGGGGCAGUCCGUCCCCUAUUUGGGCUAUGUUGAGUUGGCUGUAACUUUCCCAAAAGAACUUGUGGGGGCAUCAGUUGAUGUAAACACACUUGCCCUAGUCAUACCUGACUUUGAAGCCGUCACAGAGCCCCUUGUGCUUAUAGGCACUAAUACCCUUGAUGUGCUCUAUGACAUCUAUUCCAAAACUGGAAUGACACAUCAGCCUACCCCGCACGGUUACAGAGCAGUCCUUAAAGUACUCGAGGUGAGACACAAGCGGGCAAACGACAUCGAGCCCUGCGGUGUAGUGAGGCUACAUGGGAAGAGCUCCCAAAUCAUUCCAGCUGGUGAAACUGUUGUACUGGAAGGAGUUGCUCCAAUGAACGGGUUCCAGAGCGAGAAGUCCGUUCUUAUCGAACAUCCAUCUUCAUCCUCCUUGCCAGGUGGUUUGCUUGUUAAAGCUGCCCUGAUUGAUCUUCCCCAGCGGCGGCCCAAUAAGCUACCAGUUGUGAUCUGUAAUGAGUCUGAUCAUGAUAUUGCCAUUCCUGCAAAGUGCACAAUAGCACAGAUCUGUACUUACCAGACCAUAUUGUUAAAGGAGCACAGUGUGGCCAAGGCACCUGAGCCACUCCAAGGGUCACCAGAGACAAAGCUCUCCCAAAAGCCUGCUCUAAGCUUUAACUUUGGCGAGUCCCCAGUCCCACCUGAGUGGAAAGAACGCAUCACUCGGCAACUCAACAACAUGCCUGACGUGUUUGCGCAACACGACUCGGAUUUUGGCCGAACAGAUAAGGUAACGCAUCACAUAAAGCUCUCAGAUGAAACUCCCUUCAAACUGCGCCCUCGACCAAUCCACCCGCAAGACCUUGAAGCAGUUCGGAAACACAUCCAAGAGCUUCUUGAUGCAGGAGUCAUCAGAGAGUCGGAAUCACCAUUCUCGUCACCAAUUGUGGUGGUCAGGAAAAAAAAUGGCCAGGUCCGCUUGUGCAUAGAUUACAGGCGUCUCAAUCUCCAGACCAUUAAGGAUGCAUAUUCUCUCCCCAAACUCGAGGACACAUUCUGUGCUCUCAAUGGCUCCCAGUGGUUCUCUGUCCUCGAUUUAAAAUCAGGGUUCUAUCAGAUAGAGGUUGAGGAGGCAGACAAACCAAAAACUGCUUUUGUGUGCCCUCUCGGGUUUUGGGAGUUCAAUCGCAUGCCUCAGGGAGUGACGAAUGCUCCGAGCACAUUUCAAAGAUUAAUGGAAAAGUGCAUGGGAGACAUGCAUUUAAAGGAUGUGUUGGUCUUCCUCGACGACUUGAUUGUGUUCUCCAGAACCCUAGAGGAACAUGAGGAGAAGUUGAUAAAGGUGCUCUCUCGUCUCAAAGAGUUUGGUCUGAAACUGUCCCCGGAAAAGUGUGUCUUCUUUCAGACGUCAGUCCGUUACCUUGGCCAUGUGGUGUCCAGGAAUGGAGUACAAACCGAUCCAGAGAAGAUCUCUGCCCUUAAGACUUGGCCAAUUCCCCAGAACUUGCAAGAAUUAAGAUCCUUCCUUGGGUUUGCUGGGUACUAUAGGAGGUUUGUUAAAGGUUAUUCCAGUAUCGUGAAGCCCCUCCAUGAUCUAACUUCGGGUUACCCACCUUCUCAAAAGAAGGCGAAGAUGAAACAGAAAUCAGAACAGUACCAUAAUCCAAAGGCGCUCUUUGGGGACCGAUGGUCCCCUGCUUGCCAGCAAGCAUUCGAGACCGUCAUCAGCAAACUUACCACCGCACCUGUGCUGGGUUUUGCGGAUCCCCAGAAGCCCUAUGUGCUCCACACUGACGCCAGUACCACCGGGCUUGGUGCUGUCCUGUAUCAGGAGCAAGAGGGUCAGCUCCGAGUUAUUGGCUACGCGAGCAGAGGGCUGUCCUGUAGUGAAAGUCGCUACCCAGCGCAUAAAUUAGAAUUCUUAGCGCUAAAGUGGUCAGUCACCGAAAAGUUCAGCGAUUACUUAUAUGGUAACCAUUUCACCGUUGUUACUGAUAACAACCCACUGACUUAUAUACUGACCUCAGCAAAACUGGAUGCGACAAGCUAUAGAUGGCUGGCAGCACUGUCCACAUUCUCAUUCAAACUUCUUUACCGGCCUGGAAAGCAGAACGGUGAUGCGGACGGCUUGUCCCGUAGGCCGCAUGGAAAGUUGGAGAAUGACCUCAAAUCCCAGAAGGAGAGGGAACGCAUUCUCCAGUUCACCCGAGAUCACCUCUCUGAUCCAGAAAACAUUGACGCAGUCGAUCAAGCAGUCGUGCAAGCCAUCUGUGAAAGGCAGCUUAUCUACAGUGUCAAUGAUGAUGAAAGUAGCGCUGAUAAUGUUGCCCUAGUUGAAUGUCUUGCCAUCUCUGCUAAUGCUGUGCCCGACAGCUAUGAGCAAGAAGGUCAAUUCGGAGGAUUGCCAGUCAUUCCCCAUCUAUCUGAAGCAGAGCUGAUAGAUAAACAACGGGCAGACCAAUGUAUAAGGCAUGUCAUCUCCCAAAUUGAGUAUGGGGACACACCACCCCCCACCUUGCGGAAUCAACUCCCUGACCUCCCACUCCUGCUCCGAGAGCUAAAUCGCCUUGAGCUCUUGAAUAAUGUCUUGUACAGACGUCGUCAAGAGGGUCCCAAAACAACCUACCAACUUGUGCUCCCAGCUGAGCUCCGUGACACAGUUCUGACCAGCCUGCAUGACCAUAUGGGUCACAUGGGGGUGGACCGUACAAUGGAUCUCGUAAGGUCCCGAUUCUACUGGCCGAGGAUGGCUGUGGAUGUGGAGAGGAAGGUGAGGACAUGUGGCAGAUGCGUGCGGAGGAAGGCACCACCUGAGAGAGCGGCGCCCUUGGUCAAUAUUAACACCACUAGACCCCUUGAACUCCUUUGUAUGGACUUUCUCUCUCUUGAACCUGAUAAAAGUGGGACCCAAGACAUCCUUGUGAUCACGGAUCACUUUACCAAAUUUGCGGUUGCCAUUCCUACACCUAACCAGAAGGCACGCACAGUGGCAAAGUGUCUGUGGGAGAACUUUAUGGUGCACUACGGCAUGCCUGAAAAGCUACAUAGCGACCAGGGGCCAGAUUUCGAAUCUCGCAUGAUAAAAGAGCUCUGUCAAGUGGCUGGCAUACAAAAAGUAAGGACAACCCCAUACCACCCUAGGGGCAACCCUGUUGAGCGAUUUAAUCGCACCUUACUAGACAUGCUAGGCACCCUUCAGAACCAAGAGAAGUCUCGUUGGCGUGAUUUUGUAAAACCCCUGGUCCACGCUUAUAAUUGCACCAGGAAUGACGUGACAGGUUUUACACCAUACGAAUUAAUGUUCGGGCGCCAGCCUCGCCUGCCGGUUGAUCUGGCAUUUGGAUUACCAGUGUGUGGCAGCCAACACACAUCACAUUCCGAGUAUGUGCAAAACCUUAAGUCACGGCUCGAGGAAAGCUACAAAAUAGCCAUGGAUAACGCUGCAAAGACAGCACACAAGAACAAAACACGGUUUGACAGGCGCGUGACUGCUUCAGACUUGGAAGCUGGAGACCGAGUACUGAUCAGGAAUGUCCGCAUCCGAGGGAAGCAUAAGAUCUCAGACAAAUGGGAGUCGAUUGUCCAUGUAGUGGUGAGCAGAGCAGGCACCCUUCCUGUCUAUACGGUCAAACCCGAAAACAAGGAUGGUCCUUUAAGGACACUGCAUAGAGACUUACUCCUCCCAUGUGGAUACCUACCAACAGAGGAAAGCAUUGAACCUGUUCAGCAACCUGCAAAGCGCAGACCAGCAACUCGUGCAAAUCCUGCUGUAGAUGCCGAUUGUUCCUCGGAGGAGGAGGACGAUGAGCUCAUUCCAGUCUACUGUUUCAACCAACCCCCAAAAGCUCAAGUCCCUGCAGUGCAUGAGAGCCCAGUACCGCCUGAUCCACCUAUGUCUAACGAGCAAGAUACACAGCAUACUGAACCUCCAGAUGUAUGUUCUGUCGAGAGCCCAGUGAAUGCUCAGAAUGCUGAUUGCACUCCCGAAAUUGACAAACCACCUGAUAUGUCCGAUUGUACAUCAGACAGUCCCCUGACACUUGACAAACCUACCAGCCGUCAGGGUGACACUGAGUACCUAUCUACUGAAAGAGUAAUUCUAACAGAACAAAUACAUGAAACGGACCAACCCGAAAGUGUAUGCCUUGGGGAAAAAGAAAACUUACCUGAUAAUGUUGAUGACAUCUGGAAUGAACAGCUUCCAGUGCUCUCUGACAUGUCAGAGAGUGAAGAGGAGAAAGGAGAGGAUGGGUCGGAUGAAAUAGAGACAGAAACUAAAGAGGAGACGGAGAGACGAACAGGAACAGAUACCUCUGUCAGAAGAUCCGAGAGGAAUCGCCAACCGUCAAGGCGACUUGAUUAUGCUGAACUUGGAAACCCCUUUGUCACAGUGGUUAAAUCGUUCUUUCAUGGACUGACCACAGCACUAGCAGGUGCUUUGAGUGAAGCUGAAGACUCCCUACAUUCCCCUGUCCUGCCUUCUCAGAUAAAACAUAUUUGAUCACUGCCAUGUACAGGGACGUACAUGAGUUCAGGAGGGGAGAGUGUAGCCCAGGCUUUAAAAUGACACCCUAUAAUAUUAGAAUUAUCCCUUUAAAACAAUUCAUUUUAUUUUGAAACAAACAAAUAAUUAAUUUAGGGUGAUUAUAUACAUUAAGAAAAUAAUAAUACGAAGAACUAUUAAAAAGUGUUGGUAUAGAAAUAACAUUUGGAGUAAAUAUCAUUCAAAUAACUCAUAUAAAUGACUACAUCUGUUGAAAGUUGUUUAAAAUCAUGAAACUAUGUGCAUAAAAGGAGAAACACAGCCAACAUUGUAUUUUCCAAGCAGCAGUGAAGGGCUCAGUAUGACAAGAUCCCCAAAUAACAAAUCAAUGGACCCCACUAGUCCCAGGUGAUCAGCUGCAGUUCCGCUUCCUGUUAUAACUUCCUGUUUUAAAAAAACAACCUAUGCUGGCUACCUCGAGUGCUGAUGGGACAUAGAGAAAAUAAAAUCUUUUGUCAUCCGUUGGGUAAGAACUAAAAAUGAUCUUCUGAACGAAGUAAUAUUAAUUCUAGAUGAUGUUAAACAGCUGCUGACCGCCAUACUGUUGCAUUUAAGAUUGUAAAGCAGCGUGAGAGGCCGGAUGAUUUUCGCGGGUCUGCCGAGGUGAAAUGCUGUAAACCUCGUUCAUACUUUGACUCAGCGGUCAGGUUUUUGGUGAUACCAUAAAGAAAAAGGGGACGCAGCCAGUACUUCCUGCUGGACUCCUGCAAGGCUUCAGAUCCCUAGACCCAGAGAUUCCCAGUGUGAACUGGGUGGCGAGCCGAACCGAACCACUGGUAUUGAACCUGAGAUGCGUGCAGGGUUCCUUGGUUUCUCCUUUCUCACGGACUGUGCGGUAGGACUAAAAUAGACAGUGAUACACUGACAUUUGGUCAGAAAGAGGGCCCCAACGCAAUAAGGACUAACUUUGGGAACAAAGGGUAUCUUCUGUUUUAUUUUG